AAGUUGGGUCAAGUUGACAUCGAGCGCGCUCACCGUGUUGAGCGUAGAAAGUCUGGAGGAAUCAAUCAACACCAAGCUGAUGCAAAGCCUAGAGUUAUUGUGUGCCGACUGAGUAGUUGGAAGCAGAAAGAAGCUGUAGUAAGAAAGGCAAGAAAGGAAAAACCAGAAGGACUGUUCAUUUGCGAAGAUCUUUCGCAAGCGACGCUUGAAAAGAGGAAACCUCAUUUGGAGAAGCUCAAGGCGGCCAAGCAAGCAGGAAAAUCAGCAUAUUUUAUCUUAGAUCGUUUGAUCAUUCGUGAUAAGCCCUCCGGUUCUUCAAAUGAUUAAGAUAAGUAUAUUGCACAAUGUUUUUUGUUCGACUCAUUAAUGGAAGAAUUACGGUUUAUUCAUUUAAACGAAGAAGACUUUCGUUUGGCUAUAUUUGAGCAGUUAAAUGGACCUAUACGUUACGAUCCAAUUAGGUUAGCUAGCCUCAGGUUUAAUCCUUUAUUAUCUGAAACCUAUAAAAAAUUUAGCCUUUCUAGCCAUCAUGAUCCUGAUGCUAAUUUCUUCACGGAGUUAGUUGACUGCGAAUAUUAUACCGAAGAAAACUUCAAUGAAAUGUUGCAUCAGAAAAAUAUAUUAGAAGUCAAUAAUUGUUUAUCGCUUCUGCAUCUUAAUAUUCGUAGCCUUCAUCGUAAUUUGGAUAGCUUAACCACUUUGCUAAAGAAUCUAGAGUUUAGGUUCUCUGUAAUUGGUAUAACUGAGACCUGGCCUCGAGACUCAUCGCAUCAUACCAGUAUCUCAGGUUAUAAU